AUGCCUUCAGGCCAAAGACCUCAUCGAGCUGCUAUUACUGAGGCGGCGUAUCAGAAAUCACUUUAUGUGGCACCUCUUAGGCAUAAAUCUCCGUCCCUCCCGGUGCUAAGGGCGCCCAAUAUGCAAAAUCUCAAUUUUCACCCUCUCGGCCUUCAGCCACUCAAUUCUUUCAGGGCCAAAUUACCAACACGUGCCUUUGCUGAAAAGGUGACCGAAGACACGGAUCCGGCACCUCGACCGCUAAGCAUCAGAAAACUUCGAAAAUCGCCUUCAUUGCCUGUGGGCCGGGAAUCAAAACAGGUGCACUUUCCUCGACGGCCACCGCCACAAUCUAGAAGCUUCCUUGGAGUUGCUUUUCCACCGCAACCGAAGCAACGUAGCAGCUCCACGGGUGUUUUGCUAAUAGAUAAAAAUAAUACCAACAAACAAAGAACUGGGAAAGAGACUUUACGAAGAUCCUCUACUGCUAGGACUGAUAAAAAGAGAGACCUUCCUGGUGCAGGUAUGGCAUGGUUGCAGAGGCCACGGAAUUCUCGACAACCCGGCGGCGUACCUACUACCGGUUCUCAGGAUUCUUCAACUAGUAACUCUCUCGAUGAUUACACACCGACCCCGGAGUCUGGUUAUGUGACGGCCCCCACACACCACUCUCCGACAGAGCCAGGAAGUCGGAAUAGCAGCGGGGAUGCAACAGCCGGGAGUUCAUAUAGAACACGUUCUUAUGGGUCAGCAGAAGUGAAAAUUGAAAACUCACCAGAUCAGAUCGAGACAGAUGUUGUACAACAUGGGAAAAAGGGAUUCAAACUUCGCAGGGCUUCAAGCACAGGAGCACAUGGAUCUAAGAAAAGGGUAGAUUCAAAGUCAGCAAAUGCUUCAUCUGAACCAAUCGAAAAAAUUGCUUCGAAGGGAUGGAAGGAUAAAGUUUUCUCGAGGGACUUUUUCACUCGAGUUGGUGGUGGUGGGGCAAACGUUCCGAAAAAGGAAACUAAGUCAAAAGUAAAGGAAAGGAGCAGUAGUAGCUCUUCUGCAACAAUGGUAACAACAAUAAAAAAUAUAGUAGCUGUGGAGCCAUUAAACGAUGGAGAAAAGUCGACCUCCGUGAACCGUGUUCUUUUGAAAACCAGCCAGAGCUGGUGCGAGCCAGGGACCUUGAGGAAAGCAAAUGACAUUAGCAGGGCGCACUGGGAUGCUAAUAGUGAGAGCAAUAACACCGGGAAUUUCUUGGGAGAAGGAAAUAAGGGGAACUUUAAUGAUAGUGUUCUCGGCAUAUUUGAAGGAAGUACCGGUGGUAUGACUCGGACCAGAUUAAAGAAAACAGGUCAAUGGAAACCUCCGAUGUUACAACUUCAAAUGGAAGUCGUCUCAGAGACGGAAAAAGUCCCAAUAUCCUACCCGGGGUCGCAAGGAACUGAGAAGGCCACCUGGAUAUCAAUAGAGCUAGAUGCUUCCGUCGACGGCGGCGCUGAGGGAUUCCAAGGAAGCAAAGUUGGACUGGAUGUAGGAAUUCUAAUCGAUACCUCUGCCUAUACAUCGAGUGCAUCAUUUGCGAGUAUGAAGAUUCACGCCAAGAAACUCGUUGAAGCAAUGGAAACAUCGCGGGAUAGAGUUGCUGUUAUGACCUUUCCUACAGGAUCAUCAAUCACAGGAAUCACGGCAGUAAGGCCGGAUACAGUACAAGUGCUGAACUCUUCCGGAAGCGUUGCGAAAAAACAGCUUAUUGAUGACAUCGCAGUACUCACACAGAAUAAAUGGUGCAGCGAUCCCGUGUCACGAAAUGUCCGCUCAGCGAUCCAAGCUUCGAUAACGAAGUUAAAAGGGAUGCCCCUUGACACAACACGCUACGGAACACGCAGACACGCCCAUCUAUUUCUGUUGACAGCUAGAUUGGACGACGGUGAAAUAGAGCUGGUUCCUGAGGUGUUCUUUGGCGAGAUACAAAUUCAUGUCAUUGGUAUUGGACCUCUAUUUUGGCCAAGAAGUGAGAUGGGGGCUUCAGGAUGGUGUGUUCCAACUGCAUCACUGGGGCCACGUCCCAAUCUAGAAGACAAACGAUUAAGUACUUACAAAGAAAAGGGCAAGGAAAUCAAGAAAGAGAUAAAGGUUGAAGAGAUGAUCCGCCUCUUGAGGACAGCAGUUGAUUUAGGCAUUCUAUACGAUGUUGUAAUCGAUCUUAUACCCGGAGAAAAUUGUGCGGUGCGAGCGGUAAUGGGAGAAGUGCGGUUUCCAAAAUUCCUUCCAGGAGAGAAGAGAACUCUCUUAGUACAAGUUCACAUCGGCGACAUUGCGUUGCCUGAUAUUGUGAAUUGCUGUGAAGACGAGGUUUUACCCCGGUGGUUUCACCUUGAGAGACAGCUGGAGGCAACUCUCGGAGAACUACAGACUCGCCUUUUAACGGUCAGGGCGACAUAUCGCCAUACAAACUUCUCAGAAUCAACAUCGUUCUCUACCGAGCGUCACGUAGAGGUUUCACGAUUCACCGAGGAUUCAUUAUGGAGAUUUUCUCCUACAGGGAAUAAGCUUGUUGAUAAACAGGAAUCGCCACCGAUCUCACCCAUGACCGCAAAAGACUAUGUCAAGAAGGUCUUAAUUCAACGUGUAGCUAGUAUGCAUAGUAACCCAACCCAGGCAAUAAAGGCAGUACAAGAGAUAACGAAUGGGACGCCGACAUGGAGUAUCGACCUCACUGAUAUAUCGAAGGAGCUUGAAUACAGAGAAAGAGUCGAGAAGAAGUUUAGAGAUACGAGAGAGUCAAAUUAUUCCGGGUAUAGGCUAAGCUAUGAUACCGAGAACAAGAGAGAUAGCUACGACCUUGCAGAGAGUGGGUGGGACUGCGGUGCAGCCUGGUUGUCGAGCUCCCAAACAUUUCCCGAUAAACCAACGGGUAUUUCUUUCCAGACACUACCUGUCACGCCUGUGGAUCUCGAUUAUCGAUACCGCGGAAGUAAAGAACUAAGAAAUGAGGACAGAGCACCAUUCAUUGCCGGUAUCGACUCAUCUCCGGAAACAGAACUUCCGGAUGAUAUGGAACCGGCGGAUGAAGCCCAACGUAUUUGGCUUGAAAUGAAACUCCGUCAAAGAGGUUUCAGCAGUGGAAGCAUAAAGCGGCGAUCUAUGAGAUCCAAGCAAAGCAGUCCUGUCUACGUCAGACCGCCAUUAGAUGACCGGUUCGGCAUUAAACAGCAUGGUGAUGUCCUCAGUACAGUUUAUGUCUCGGGAAAUGCAUCCGAAGAUGAUAGCGAGCGUGAAAAAGAUACACAAGGGCCAGCUGAAAAUGUGGAAUGGAGCGAUAGCUCGGUGCAAGAUACUCUCAAAAGUUUGAUGACCUUGCGUGAUGUCAGGGAGACAGACUUUGGACCAUGGGCGAUGUGA